AUGCCACCGAAGCGUGAGCCCCGUGAAUACAGAGGAAAUGCCUGUCAUCGAUGCCACAGGCAAAAAGUAAAAUGCUCCAAAGGGAACCCCUGUCGCAAUUGUGCCUUUGCAAAUGCAUCAUGCACAUAUGCAACUCCCGACCGCAAAGUGACCGUUCGUGAAAGCUACUUGAAUCAACUUCGGAAGGCAGCGAUAGGUCAGAAGCAAGUUGUAUCUGCAUCUGGUCACCUUGGCCUGGAUCCUUGUGAUACUGUCUCAUCGCAAACCGAGAGACUUCAUGGUGGAAGUCCAGCAAAACUAGCUCACACAUCUGCGAGUUCAUCAUCUGCUCCUCUAGUGGAGAAUUCUACUGCAGAACUUUUCGUCUCGAAGCUAAGAGAGAUUCAGAAGUCUCAGUCGCCAUCGGGAUCACCUUCCAACUCCUUAUUGGAAGGUGCUGGUCCACCAGGCGACAACAACAAGCCCGGACUAUCGAAAGUUCGUGCAUAUGAGUAUAUUGCACUGAGUUUUGAUACACUACGUAUGCACAUCCAAUAUCGUAUUGUCCUUGCUUUUGACAGUAAUAUAUGGUCCACUAACAUCCACGUCCACAAAGAUCCAAAAUGCACCUUCAAAUUACCUCCUUAUUCAUACGCAAUGUGGUUAAUGGAGCAGUACACAACCUACACUGGUUACGAUUGGCAUUGGUUCCGAGUGCGCAGCUUUCGUGAGCGUUUAGAAGCCACGUACAAAACUCCGAAUUCACCAGAGUCGAGAGACCGCAUUUGGCUUUGUCAGUUGCUCGUUGUCUUUGCCUUGAGCGAAGCUCUUAACGGCGAAACUGGCGCUAUAGAGAUUUCGACUGAUCCUGGAUUAGGCGUGGACCAACAGUUUACUGGAAACGACGAUACAACGGCAUCAAGUCUCAGUAGCUCGGUUCAGUUACCACCAGGUAUGGACUUCUUUGAGCAAGCACUCAAGCUCUUAAAGGUGCCGUAUGAAGAAAUCUCGGCAGAACAUAUUGAAGUUUUCAACUUGAUUGCACUCUACUCAUACUCCCUGAACAGACAGAGGACUGCGUAUAUGUAUGCCGGAGUCAGUUCCAGGAUGUGUAAUGUGUUGCAACUUCACAAAAAAUCGUCGUCUGAAGAUCGCACUCCUGUCGAGCGUGAACACCUCAAACGCCUAUGGUGGUCAACAUUCUGUAUUGACAGAAUGUCAAGCACACAAAUGGGUCUCCUCCCGAAUCUACAGAUCGAUCAAAUUGAUAUCGACUACCCAUCACAACAUGGACUUCCGCCCGAAGAUGUGACGGAGUUCUGUGACCCAGAUCUCUUGACUGCUCGAGCCCAGCUAACUAUUAUCCAAGAUGUCAAUGCAACAAAUUUGUCCCAGGUUGGCCGGGAUAGCGAAGACGAUUUUGAAACUAUAAUGUUUCCUGCAAUGCAAAGACUUGAAAUGUGGAAAGGGAAGUUGCCGGCUCAUUUGAUAUUAGCUACGGAUACUCGUUUGCCCAAUUCAACCCAUAUGCCCUAUAUACGAUCAUUCUGCAACCUGCAUAUUCGGUAUAACCAGUGCAUGGUCCUCUUACUCCGACCCCUUCUACUUAGGCAAAUAGCCCGCAUAUUCUCCGGUAAAGAAGGGUCAGACACAUCGCAAACGGUUCUUAGGAAGAUGGAAGACACAUGUCUUCAAUCUGCUCGGACAAAUGUGCGUUUGUUGGUUCUUCUUAAGUCUUGCGGUCUUUUAGUACGACGAGGAUUUAUGGAGAACAUGCAUCUCUUCUCCAGCUUGAUGGUUAUGUCCCUAGCCAUGGCAAUCCACGCACGUCAUCCUCAUAGCUUUUCUGUACACCCAGAUGACUUUGCCACCUACGAAUCUGGAAAAGACGCGCUGCAUGAAAUGAUUCGAUCAGGGAGUCUACCAGCAAGAGAGCACGAGAGAAUGCUUGGGGAAGUGGAGAGCUUAGCAGAACGCAUCGCAAGUGAGAAUCUGGUACCGAUGCCAACUCUAGUAGAUGACUGGGACGCAGAUGAAUGGAUGGCGCAGCUAUUAGAAGGUGGAAGUACGAACAAUAUCCCUGAUUCUUUCUAG